AUGUCAGACACGGAGGAGGUCACCGAGGAGUAUGAGCAGGAGCAGGAAGAGGAGUGCGUGGAGGAAGAAGAGGAAGAAUGGAUUGAGGAAGAUGACGGCCAGGAAGAGCAGGUAGAGGAAGAGGAGGAGGAGACCCAAGAAACCAAGGCAGAAGAACAAGAAGAUGAAGCAAAAGCAGCAGGAGAAGGUGGAGAGGGAGACCGAGAGCAGGAGCCUGGGGAAGGUGAAUCGAAGCCAAAACCCAAGGUCUUCAUGCCCAACCUGGUGCCUCCCAAGAUCCCAGACGGCGAGAGACUGGAUUUUGACGACAUUCACCGCAAGCGCAUGGAGAAGGACCUGAACGAGCUGCAGGCCCUCAUCGAGGCCCACUUUGAGAGCAGGAAGAAGGAGGAAGAGGAGCUCCUGUCCCUCAAGGAUAGGAUUGAGCAGCGGCGAGCGGAGCGGGCAGAGCAGCAGCGGAUCCGCAGUGAGCGGGAGAAGGAGCGCCAGGCCCGCAUGGCUGAAGAAAGAGCUCGCAAGGAGGAAGAGGAGGCGCGGAAGAGGGCGGAGGAGGAGGCGCGGAAGAAGAAGGCGUUCUCCAAUAUGCUGCACUUUGGGGGUUACAUGCAGAAGUCAGAGAAAAAGGGUGGAAAGAAGCAAACGGAGCGGGAAAAGAAGAAGAAGAUCCUCAGUGAGCGACGGAAGCCCCUGAACAUUGACCACCUCAGCGAGGACAAGCUGAGGGAUAAGGCCAAGGAGCUGUGGCAGAACAUACAUGACCUGGAGGCUGAGAAAUUUGACCUGCAGGAGAAGUUCAAGCGGCAGAAAUAUGAGAUCAAUGUCCUUCGAAACCGUAUCAGUGACCACCAGAAAGUCAAAGGAUCCAAGGGUGCCCGUGGGAAGACCAUGGUGGGCAGUCGUUGGAAGUAG